CUAUCUAUCUAUCUAUCUAUCUAUCUAUCUAUCUAUCUAUCUAUCUAUCUAUCUAUCUAUAAAUGUCAGGGACAGAAGACGAUGGAGGCAGAUAUACUUUAAAAUCACAGAGUUUAAUGAAAAGCAGAACUGAAUGAACUGAGUGAGGGUGGAUCAGUCCAGAUGAAGCUCCAAAACACACGCCGGGUCACAGGUUGCAAAACAACGAUUCCUAGAUCCUUCGGUGAACGACGAACUCAGGAAGCUACUGGUGGAAAAGAUUGAGUCAGGUUAGAGUAGAUAAAGCAUGUAGUUGUAGCUAGCAAUUACUAGACUGGACAAUGUGUGUGUGUAUGAGAGCGUCUUUUAUGUGGUGAGAGAAUGAGGGGUGCCAGGUGCCGGUGAUUAGAAUUCAAGUGAUAAGGAUCUGGCUUGCUGUGUGAGUGGAGAACCUGGCAAAUCCGUGACAAGUUAAAUAUAUGGGCAUUUUAUCUUCAUUUUAAAACAUUGGAAGAUUCAAGUAAUAAUGACUAAACAAAUAAAACCAAGAAAGGUCUUGCCUACAGGUGUAUCACAUCAGGUGCAAAUUAUUUGAAUAUUGUUACAGAGCAUUUUGAAGAAGGCUUGCCCAGGAGUGGCACCAGAGUAUUUUGAACGCAGGUGCUUAGGGCACGUCAAUUUAUUUACAAGGGGAGCCAUUACAAUAAAUAUUUGCAAAAUCUUGGGAUUAUGUUUUUAAUCUUUUUUGUAAAUCAAAAUGAAAUGAUUUAGCAACCCUUGCCAUAUUUAAACCUAAGACAUUUACUUUGGUUUGCUGUUAAUUGUUGAAAUGAGAGGCAUCACCAUAGUGAGAUCCAUAGAUAGACUGCACAACAUCAACUAUCAUCGGAGGUGUGCAAGGAGGAAAUGUUUGCUGUCUAAAAAAAACAAACAAAAAAAACCAUGAAGGACUUCUGGAAUAAUGUGCUACUGUCAAAUGCAGCUGAAAAAACACUAAGGAAUGAAGAAUUAUAGAACGACCAGGUCAAAGCCAGGAUCUAAAUUCUAUUGAGAUGGGGUGAUUUAAAAUGGACUGUGCAUAAAAUAAACCUCUCAAACAUCACAUAUCUGAAAUAAUUCUGCAUUGAGGAGUAGGUAAACUUUCUUACAGUCAAUGACAGAAGCUGGUAGAUGGCUAAAAGAAAUGUCUCACUGAGGUUAUUUCAGCCAAAGGGUAAAACACGAGCUAUUAGUGCAUAGGGUGUCCAUUUUUUUCCUCAGUUGAAAUACUCAUUUUUGUUUGUCAUUUCUUUUGUUUAAUUAGUUAAAAGUGUAUUUUUUCUUUUGUUGUUACAUGCAAUAACAUCACUUUCAUCCAAAGGUACAAAUAGAAACAAGAUCAGAAAUUGACAUGUUGAAAUUUCAUAAUAAAGAACUAAAUAUUUAAUGUGGUGUCCUAAUUUUCUUACAUGACAUAAAUAUAAAACCUAAGAAUUAGCCUUUUUCCUUGUAUUUUUGGAACUUUAUGGACUGUAAUAUCAGGUAAACCUAUUUGCAUUUGCAAAAAAAAGUACAUUUGCCUUUUAAAUAAGUUACAUAAUGAUUUACUAAAACACCAGUGGACAGCUCAGACUUGCACAGAGUUGACUUCAUGAUUCAUGUCAAGCAAGAAAAUGGAGAUUUCACAAAGGCUCAUGCUUCUUUUUUUAGGGCUAUACAUCUCAAUGCAGUGGAUACUGACCCAACAGCAAGUCAACCUGGCCCUAAAAGGAAUAGCAACACAAUCUUCUACAUAUUACAUAAACAAUGCUUCCCAUGCCAUUGAUGGAAACAAAACAUCUAACUUGACAUCACACUCAUGUACUCACACGAAUCUUGAUUAUAAUCCAUGGUGGAGGGUGGAUUUGUUGGCGGUGUAUGACAUUAACAAAGUAAUCGUCACUAACCGAGGUGACUGCUGUGCGGGACGAAUAAAUGGUGCUGAAAUCCACAUUGGCAACUCCUUAAUCAACAAUGGCAAUAAUAACUCCAGAUGUGCCAUUAUCUCUAGCAUCCCUGCUGGUGCUUCUGCAAACUACACUUGCAAUAUGCAGGGUCGUUAUGUGAACAUCAUCCUUCCCGGCGUUACCCAGUACCUCACACUCUGUGAAGUUGAAGUCUAUGCCCCUGUUACUAAGAAGAAAUUUUUCCAAUUAAAGAUUAACAGCAGUGAGGAUCUUGGCAACCCUAUCAUGAGGGACAAAGUUCUCCAAAAGAUCAAGGCUGCCAUUGACCCAUCAUCAGAAUUUCAGGUCUCUUGGAGAAAGAAACCAGAACUGGAAACUGAUAUGAAGUGAAACUAAGGUGGCAGAAAUCAUUUUAAAUAUUUAAAAAAAACAAGAGGUCAAAGAACAACAACAAAAAUAAAGAAUAUCAACAAUCUGUGUGAGAUAUGGGUAUACAUAUAUAACUACUAGCUAGCUAAUGACAUACACUUAAUGUUUAUUUAAAGCUAUAUUGUUUUUUUUUAUAUUUACUGUGUGAUUGAUGGAUGUAUUUUAAUGCUGUCUUGAGUGUUGGAUUUGGCAUGGUUAAGACUAGGUUUAAAUUUAAGAAAAUAACUAGUAUAUGCAUUCAGUAGUAUUUCUGUCUAAACAAAGAUAAAUAAUUUAAAUUAGCCUGAUUGUAAUAAAUGCCCAUUCAUCUGGUCCACUUUACUUAUUGCAAUAGUACCAAGAAUUCAUUUUAUAAUUCAUUUGAUACUGUUGUACUUAUUUAGCAUGCAAGAUAUAGAAUUAUAUGUAACUAAAAUAAAGAAGUUCUAAAUAUGCAGACAUAAGAUAAAGUCCAAUGUCCAGAAUGUCUCUGAAACUGUCAGACAUUCCAUUAGUCUCUGUGGAUUUCUUCUUAUUACUUCAUUGCCAAAAUCUUAACCAUUUAAUAAUCUUGUGAAUAUUUGUUUUUUUCCCCCUCUUAUUGUUAGUGUUCAAAUCAAUCCUGCGUCUCAGCUAUCAAAAUAAAUAUGAUUACACUAUGUUUUAUACAGUAAUUGUGUAUAAAACUAAACACUGACAAUUUUUAUUGGAUCACAUAUUUGCUGUAGUCAAAUCUAUAUCAAGUUUUGGAUAGUGUGUAACUGUAUACUCAGAAUAAUGUAUUUUUCACCCUUAACAUAUAAAUGAAAAUAUGAG